UUUCAAAAAUCGAACAAAAGAUUAACACGACAGAUUAAGGAUAAAAAAAGCUAGUCUUUUUUAAAGUUUUAAUUCAACACUCAUUCACUGUUUCCGUUUUUUUCUCACUUCUCUCCAUCCUCCCACCUAAAUCUAACUCCCCUCGCAUCAAACCCUAAUUCCUGACAAAGUUAUCGCAAUAAUCCCCCAAAAGAGUUCGUGAAUUUGGAAAUCGUCACGUCAGAAAACCCCGUUCGCCUUUCGCCGUUCGCGCUUCGACCCGGAUGAACAAUUUCCGACAUUUGUCUGAAAAGCCAUUGAAUCCCACUUGACAUUCCCAAAUCUGGAAUCCCCUGCUCCAAUUUCAUUAAUCUCCUUUAAUUUUUAGAUUUUACACUUACUUUUUUCAUUUUUUUGGGUUCAAUUUGACGCUGUUGAAUCUGGAUGGGAGCUGAGAAGAAAUGGCUGUUCAUCCUGUUUUCGGGGGCUUUCAUCACUUUCCUAAUAUUCCUGUCCUUCAUAACGGGAUUCAGCUCCCCAUAUUACUACGGUCUACCGCCGCACAAGCAGUUCGCGUCCACGGUGAAUCACGGGCCGGGCCACCCGCCGUCCUUUGCCUACUACAUAUCGGGCUCCAGAGGCCAGGGCGAGAGGCUGUUCCGCCUCUUGCUGGCGGUGUACCACCCGAGGAAUAGGUAUCUGCUGCAUAUAUCGGCCGACGGAAGUGACGAGGAGCGGCUGAGGUUAGGAACGCUGGUGAAAUCCGUGCCGGCCGUGCGGGCCUUUGGGAAUGUGGAUGUGAUUGGGAAGCCUGAUCCGAACACGUACAUGGGAUCCACGAACCUGGCGGCUGUCCUGAGGGCGGCGGCGGUUUUGCUGAAGUUGGACGGUGGUUGGGAUUGGUUUAUUACUCUCAGCGCUAUGGAUUAUCCGCUGGUCACGCAGGAUGACAUGUCCCAUGUGUUCUCGUCAAUUAGAAGAGACCUGAACUUUAUCGAUCACACUAGUGACCUGGGAUGGAAAGAAGGUCAAAGAAUUCAACCGAUUGUAGUGGAUCCGGGUGUUUAUUUAGCCAGGAGGGCUCAAAUAUUUCACGCAACCGAAAAGCGGCCAAUGCCAGAUGCUUUCAAGGUUUUCACAGGUUCACCAUGGGUUGUCUUAAGUCGGUCCUUCCUCGAAUAUUGCAUCUUCGGUUGGGACAACCUACCUCGUACCCUUCUAAUGUACGUCACAAACGUUGUCCUAGCCCAAGAGGUCUACUUCCACUCAGUCAUCUGCAAUUCCCAAGAAUUCAAAAACACCACUGUUAAUGCCGACCUUCGGUAUUUCGUUUGGGAUGAUCCACCAAAAAUGGAGCCCCAUUUUCUCAACGUCUCGGAUUAUGACGAGAUGGUUCAAAGUGGAGCUGCUUUUGCCCGGCAAUUCGAGAAAGAUGGGUCUGUCUUGGACAUGAUAGACAAGAAUAUCCUUAUGCGGGCCCGUAAUCGGGCCACGCCUGGUGCGUGGUGUACGGGCCGGAGGAGUUGGUUGAUGGACCCUUGUUCACAGUGGGGUGAUGUUAACGUUGUGAAGCCGGGCCCACAGGCGAAGAAGUUUGGAGAGUCGAUCGAUAAGCUUCUUGAUGAUGUGAACAUGAAUUCGAGCACGUGCUUGUGACGAAUAGUUUUGGGAUUUUAGAGUUUGUGUGAUUCUUUUUGUUGAUGGGAAUUCCUUUGUCUCGUCGGAUGUUGAUAUACGUGUUUUUUUUAUUGUACAGAGGGCGAAAUUAGUCUUCCGAGAGAGUGAAGAGGGAUUUCUGGAGUGAAUUGGAAUGCUUGAAAGUGUAGCUUGAAAGUGUAGCAGAGAAUGGAUUGUUGAAGCUGUCAAGAAAGAGUAAUUGUAUCCUUUAGAAGAAGAGAAAUCUUUGUUUGUGAGAUUUGAUCAACUUUAGUAUAGAUGGAUGAAUUGAUGAUAUUCAUUUGGCUUCUGUGAUUUGAUGCGACUCUUUGUUCCUGAUUGACUAAGGUUAUUUUACUCUCUCAUGGAAUUGUAGUUCAUAUUGCUUUUAUUUGAUUGGGUUAUAUUCAGAAGCAUUAUUGUUG